AUGAGGGUAUAUCACCAGUUCACUCUUCCAUUCCCCCCUUCCCCUCCUCCUCCUCAUCUCGCUAUCACAGGCUCGAUUCUCCUCCCAACCCAGGCGAGUAGCGAUCUGGCGAGCCAAACCAUACGAAACAAAAACCAGAGGACAGCAAUGAGCCAUCCCGCGCUGGUCCUGCUGGGGCUGGUUGUGACGGGUGCCCUGGUGCUGUCUGUGCGUCAUGCUGCCUUAGUGAUCGCCUCCCACAGCGGCCAGAGCAGCACGAGUGGUCAAAGUGAAGGUGAGGCUAAUAGUGGCACUGGUGGUGCUGCUGGUGGUACUAGCAGACCUCGAGUGUUCACAGUGCAGGUGAGAAAGUACGAGGCAGUGGUGCCGAGGGUGGCGCUGGUGGCGCUAGCGGUGGUGCUAGCUGGUGCUGUGGCUGCGGGUGUGCGUCAUUGA